CAGUAUUUUGACGUUUGUCACGAUCAGCUGUCACAAAACAUUGAUUUUAUUUCUUUCGUACUGCGUGAAAAAUAUCUAAAAACAGGAUCAUUUUAGCUCUUAAAUUGUCAGUUACUGUGCUCUAACACAUGUGGAUGGAUCCUGCGCUGUAAACUUCACUGGCUAGCGAUAUCCCGAACGCACCCAAGGCAUAAUGCCCGGUACAAAUCUUAUAGUACCUGUUGUGUUAUGGGGCAAACAUGCUCCGACACAUUGCAUUUCAUCAGUAUAUCUUUCAAGAGAUCAGAAAACUCUUGUAACUGGAUGCUAUGACGGUCAGAUAUGUAUUUGGCAAGUAGAUCCAGAUUCAUUGAAAAUGAUCCCACGGUGUCUUCUUGUUGGACAUACAGCUCCCGUCACAUGUUUAUCUAGAGCCUCUAUAAUACAGGAUAAUAACUUCAUAGUGAGCUCCUCUGAGGCCGGUGAAAUGUGUACCUGGGAUUUGGUGGAUGGCAAAUGCAGGGAGAGUGUAAAACUGACACAAAUACACACAAAUAUACAGGCGUAUCACAUGUGCAACAGCGAAGAUUUGCGCCUUUUCUGCAAUGGUUACUACGCUGAGAUACUGAUAAUGGAUCCCUUCUCGUUGGAGAUCCUGUUCUGUUUGAGUUCGAAGAUGAAUCCGGAUUGGAUAUCAGCGUUGCAUGUUCUACGGCCAUCAUCGAGGAAGGAUGAUGUUGUGCUUGCAAUUUCCAUAACGGGUACAGUCAAGGUGUGGUCCCUCCUCGGCCACGAGAAUAAGCAAUCGGAACCCAUAUACGAGAAUGAGUCAAAGCAGAUCCGCUGUCUGAACGCCCUCUCACUGAACUGCUGCGCCUACAACCAGCGCACAGUGUUGAUAGUCUGCGCCAAGUACUGUCAGAUAUAUGAUGCGGGUGACUUCUCAGUGCUGUGUUCGAUCCAAGCGCCAUCUGGCGAGCGUUGGAUGUCAGGUGACUUCCUCGCACCGGACAGAGUCCUAGUUUGGUCGACCGAAGGAAAAGGGUACCUUUAUAAACUACCCGCAAACAAACUUCGCGGGCGAGUUAUCAGUAGCUCUGUACCAGACCACAAAGGCUUUCAUGGACCAACAGUUGAACACGAUAGUCCAGUGUUGUUCAGCACCUUGGCUCAUCCAGAUAAUAAGUUGCUGUCCUGCCCGCCAGCCAUGCGUUUCAUUCUGACAUCAGUCGGUGGAAAACAGAGGAGAUUACUUCUCAGAGGAGAUUCGCAUGGCGUCGUCUCUUUAUGGAAUGUAGAUGAUGCAGCCACGCCACAGAUUAAAAACGUCUCUUCUCAUGCUCCCAUCGUGAUGACGAGCUUGGAAAUGGCCUGGGCGGAAAUGAACCCCAGUCCGGUUGGUAUACUGGAUCAGUUCGGACAUCCAGAUGAACCUGAAAUAAAACUGACUUCCUCAAUAUACCUGCUGGCCGCUAACCGUUUGGUGGUAGGUCGCGAGGACGGGUCCAUAGUGAUAGUGAACGCAACCCAUACAGUACAGCUGCAACUCCUGCACGGGAAUCACCAGCAGUUGAACGACUGGCCCCCCCACCAACUGCUUUUGGGCCACAACGGUAGAGUGAACUGUUUGCUUUAUCCACAUUAUGUUAAUUACAGGUACGACAAGGCCCACCUAGUAUCUGGGGGUAUAGAUUUCGCUGUGUGUCUGUGGGAUCUGUUCAGUGGGGCUCUUCUUCAUCGCUUCUGUGUACACGCUGGGGAGAUCACACAGUUGAUAGUACCACCACAGAAUUGUACCCCACGAAUUCAGAAGUGUAUAUGUUCUGUGGCAUCUGACCACAGCGUGACCUUACUGAGUCUGUCUGAACGUAAGUGCGUGACGCUGGCCUCCCGUCACCUAUUUCCGGUGGUGACCAUCAAGUGGCGGCCGGCUGAUGACUUUAUGGUGGUAGGCUGUAGUGAUGGUACUGUCUACGUCUGGCAAAUGGAGACUGGACAUCUUGAUAGAGUACUGCAUGGUAUGAUAGCUGAGGAGGUCCUUGGUGCGUGUGACGAAGCUGUCGCUGAUGAAUUAGGUGGAGCGGUCGGUGGUGGGGACCUGCAAGGCCUGGCAAAUCCCGCGGUCCACUUCUUCAGGGGUCUUCGUCAUCGCAACCUGACAGCAAUGAGAGCGGCCACCCAACGAGGUCUGGCGGCGCUGCAGGUGGCUGAUCGUUCCGGAAACGCCGGUCCACUGGCGGAGCCCGCGCGGGCGAGACGAGCACCCCUCACAGUUCAGGGCUUCAGGUCUAAUCCCGCCGAUCCUGAAAGUCAUAUCCUGUUCUUCGACAUCGAGGGUCUGAUCGUGGAGCUACUGAGCGAGGAGUACUCCGCCAUGAGCCCAGCGAGUUUGGAAGCUGCCGGUCUCAUAACCAGUGAAUACAUGAAGGUGGCAGCCCUGACGCAGAGUGCCAGCCCUGACGCAGCCAAGCGGAUAUCCGACUUCUUUGGGAGAGUGAAAGACAAGGCCGGAGAUAUGGAAAGACUGUUGAAGGAAAAGGACAAACAUGGUAUUCUCGCAAAAAUGAAGGAAGGGGCGGAAACUAUGCAGACUAAGUUACAAGCGAAAGCGGAGCAGUUGAAGGGACAGAUGGAGCAUAAAGAUGAACAAGCCAACAAACGCAGUCGUCCUCGUGAUAUGUCGCUGGCCGAGCCGCCGCCCACGAUGGAGAUAGCACAGAUUCUCAUCUCGUUGUUACACGCUUGGGGCUUAGACGCAGAUCUUGACAGGGUCUGCGAAUCCAAGCUCGGGAUGCUGCGUCCAAUGGUUCCAGUUUGUUUCGGCGUGGUAUCUCGUCAUGGGCAUAUGGCUGUUCAGCUGCCCACGAGGCUGGGCGGUUGGGCGGAGGCCUGCGCCUCAGUGCCCACGGACCCUGUGCUCAUGAACUCAGAACUUCCUGUGGAGUACUUGCGACAAGAGCAGCUGACUAGACUAUUCACGUCCAAGCUGCACUGGGAACUCAGCACGACUCUCACCACAAACCACUUAUUGUCCAUCGUGGCACUCGCUAACACGCUCAUGUCCAUGAGCAAUGCCAGCUUUGCACCGGAACAAGAGGUGGCCAGGAGAUUUUUCAGGCCAACAACAAGGACUUCCUCGUGGCCGGGUGACGAGGAUCGCGAGGAACACCUAGCAGCACAGCAGGCGCUCAUCAAACAGGGCUGGUCGUUGUUGGCCACGCACAGCUGUGUGCUGCUCCCUGAUAAAGUAGUUGCUGCCGGUGCGAAGAGCUUCAAGCGACCUCAAGUGGAGAUGCUCGCUCGUCGUUGGCAACAUCACUGUCUCGAGGUGAGAGAUGCUGCCCAGGCGCUGUUGUUGGCUGAAUUGGGCAGGAUGGGACCAAAAGGCCGUAAAUCCCUGGUCGAUAACUGGGCACAAUAUCUACCGCUUUACACUCACACGGAGAGCAUCAACCCACAAGCAACCCAGAAGGAACCGGCUGAGAAAGUCGCUAAGGACCAAGAAGAGGAAUUCGAAGAAGAAGAAGAGGAAAUCAUCAGGAAGCCAUCUUCUAUCGCUGAGCUGAAACGGAAACAGACCACAGCGGUUGUUCUGUUGGGUGUCAUAGGAGCUGAGUUCGGCCAAGAUAUCGCCUCGGAAGGUGCUGCUGGAAAUAAGAGACGCAAAGACGGUGACAGUAGGAAGAGUUCCAUCGUUGAAGGUUUCACACUUAGUUCAUCGAACAACCUGGCCCGUCUGACGUCCUUGGCGCUAACUCACUUACUGCUUGCCCCUGGUUCUGCUCGCCUUCCCGCACACACGCCGCUACGACGUGCGGCCAUUGACCUCCUCGGGAGAGGAUUCGCUGUUUGGGAACCGUAUCUCGACGUAUCUCAUGUGCUGCUGGGUCUAUUGGAGAUGUGUUCGGACGCUGAUAAAUUAGUGCCUUCGAUGACGUACGGUCUGCCUCUCACACCGCAGGCGGACUCCUGUCGGACCGCGCGGCACGCACUCACACUUAUAGCGACGGCAAGACCAGCGGCUUUCAUAACGACUAUGGCCCGUGAGGUGGCGAGAUGCGCUGCCGCCCCUGCGGGCGCUCCGCCCCCGCCCGCCGCGGUUGCGCUACAGCGAGGCAGGGCGGAGGUCUUACGGGGAAUAGAACUCCUCAUAGAGAGAAUGCACGGCGCUGUGGCUGAACUGCUCGUGGAGGUGAUGGAUAUAAUUCUUCACUGCGUAGAUCAGUCGCAUCUGAAGAGUAAGGGUUUAAGUGAAGUCUUUCCAGCUGUUUGUCGCUACAACCAGGUCUCUCACUGCCCAGCCACCAGGCGGAUUGCAGUCGGGAGUCACACCGGCCAGCUGGCUAUCUACGAGCUCCGCGCCGCUCGCUGUCAGUCCCUGACGGCCCACGCGGGUCCAGUGACGGCCUGCGCCUUCAGUCCGGACGGAAGAUACCUCGUCUCCUACGCCACGGCCGAUAACAGACUCUCCUUCUGGCAGAGUACAGCUGGUAUGUUUGGUCUCGGAGCUGCUCAGACUCGUUGCGUGAAGUGUUAUAGCACGGCCCCGAUGGCGGACGUCUCACGUCUGAACCCUCUUCACCUGGCCAGGCUAGUGUGGACCAACUCGAGGACUGUCACCUUAGUACUGGCAGACGGCUCGGAGACCAGAUUCAAUGUUUAAGAUAGGUCAACUUAUAGUGGUCACACCAGCUAGUGAGGUCCGAAUAUAUUGGUUAUAACCGUUCUAUGUAAAGUCACUGUAGUAAUAUGAACUAAUGUUGUAUUCAAUAUCUUGUUUGUACUCAAAAUGUGUAUUAAUUUACUAACAGCGGUAGCGAUAAAUAUCAUUGUUGUAUAGCUUUAAUUCUUCGCUAGUUACGAAAGUUGCAGAAAAUUGUCAAAAAAAAAAUCGUAUUUGUGCCAUUAAUUUUUUUUUCUCUUUAUUAUAUUCGACACGUGUAAUGCAUAUAAUUUUAUUGCAAAGAAACGGUACAGAUAAUAAAUGUAACUUCAAACAGAUCACCAAUGCGAUAGAACGAUUAACAAAAAUACUAGCAUUCCAAGAAAUGAAAAUAUAUACAAAAAAAUAUAUACCUUAAAUAAUAUCAAAAAAUACGCAUAUAUGAUAUGUUUGUUCUCGCAGAGAGGAAAAAUGCUAUUGUUAUAUUAUAAAUAUAUUAUUGGAAUUAUUUAACGAAGUGCUUGGCGUCAUUAAUGUUGAAUAAAUGUUUAUUAAAA